AUGUCCACGGAAACUAAAAAAUCCCUCACGUCCAACCAUAAAGUGGACAACAAAAAGGAAGAAUCGUCACAUAAUCGUCGUAAUGUAAAACCAAUUGUUCUAUCAUCGCAGCGUUAUAAUAAAAUUAUUAGCAAUGCAACAACAAUGGAUAAAUCCAAAACACAACAACAAUUGGACGAGGAAAAGCAACGUUUGGAAAAACUCAAGGAAGAAAAUGAUAAACUGGUGGCAAAAUUCAAAGGCAACAUGCAACGGACUCAGGAACAAAAAAUGCAACAAAUCAAAGAUGACUUGUAUAAGAAAACUCAGGAUGCCAAGGAAUCAUACGAACAAACCAAAGAAAAUGAGGCUCAAAAACGUCGUGAAAAAAUUGCCAAAGCUCAACAAUUAAUUGAAAAACUGAAGCCGGGACCAAGACAACUGCACACCGCAGCACUGCAAAGUGAAGUUUUGCGUGCUCGCAACGUUCAGCGGGACAUCAAUGAAGAAUUUAAAAAGGCUGUGAAAAAACAAGAAUGUGAAGCAAAAAUCCAGUGUCAGGAUCAGGCAAUGUCAUGGAUCAAUGAGGAACAACAACGUCUGAUCCAGAGACAAAAGAAUGCCAAUGCCUACAAGGAGGAAUUACUGCAGACAAUACAUGAAAAGGAAAAGGUGCGCAACGAACAAAAGAAACAUCAGCUAAAGGAGCAGCAAUUGGUGCGGACAACUUAUGAUGUCGAGAUGAAGGCCCAAAUGGAAAGAGAACGGGUCUUAAUGGAAAAGAAACGUGAGGCACAGCGUAAGAAUGCCUUGGAAGCUAUGAAAAUGGUCGAGCAGCGUAGAAUGCGCGAAAAACUAACCGAUGAAGUUGAGGAUCGCCUAUGCUGUGUGUACAAUGCCGGGAAACGCCAAUUGGAUGCCUUGCGCACCGAACAAACCAAAAAGAUUGCCGACGAUCAACAGCAAAAGAUCGAAGAACAAGUUAAGAAACUAUCUGCCAUUGAAGAUAACACUGAGGCCAAGGAAUCGGAACGUGUACGCCGUGAUAUAUCCACAAUGCAACUGAAAUUCACCGCCGAGGAGCAAGAGAAAAUUCGAAAAGAUAAGGCGGCAAAGAAGGCACGCAUCGAAGCCUAUCUCAAAGAAAUGGAACAACAGAAAGAGGCACGACGUCGGGCAGACGAAGAAAAACGCUUCGAAAUGGCACAACGAUUCAAGAACGAAGAAGUCAAUCAGAAAUUUGCCGAGAAACAGCAACAAGAACGUUUGGCAAAUGCCCGGGAAAUGCGGGAAUUCCUUCACAAACAAAUUGAAGAGAAUCAACGUAAUAGAUUGGCUCAGAAACAAGCCAAUAUUACAUGUAAUGAGGAUAAGGCCGAUCAGGAAGAUAAAUUCUUCUUCGAUUAUGCCAAAAAUCUCAUUGAAGAUGCACAACAAAAAGGUCGGCCACUUUAUCCAUUUGCAAAGGCCGUCAAUGAAUACAAGAAGGAAAAUGAUAUUGAAUGUGAACGUAAAAUACCAAAGCAUAUGGAAACACAUAUCGCCAUUGGACGGGCAGCAUCUGAUACCACUGCUAAUGAUAAAGAUAAGUCCUCCAAGACUCGUGAAGAAAUUUUACAAAAUUGUUUAAAAAUUAAUGAAAUUCUAACAAAAUCAUCCAAUUCAGAAAACCCCAAUGAAACCCCACAGAAACCCUUAACAUUUUUAAAGAACGAUAUCGGAAAUAAGUUAUCGUCAUCGAAUGAUUCCCAAACUAAAAAUGAAUGUUCCUCAAUGUUGUUACGCUACAGCAUGGAAGAUUUGAAAAAGCUUAAUCAAUAUGCUGCACCUUCGUGUCAUUAA